AUGUAUUAUUUCCGACAGAAGACGUCUUCCAGCUCUCCCUCAGUGUCUGUUGCAGGGACAGUGAUCAGCUCAGGACAGCUGCACAGCAGCCUCAGGGGCAUCAGCGUGGACGAGGGAUGGCGAGAAUGUGAGGAGGAAAGACUCGCUUCGUUCUCACCAGGCAGGUGGAGGAAAGCUGGAGGCAAACUGUGCUCUGCAGACUUCGCCACAAAGCAGAAGAGGAACUACCAGACCCCCGUCAUCGACAAGAGCCCAGUGGAGAGAGUGAACAGCUUCCGAUACCUCGGUUUCCACAUCACGCAGGACCUGUCAUGGUCCUGUCAUAUCAACACCGUAGUGAAAAAGGCCCGGCAGCGUCUUUACCACCUUAGACGCCUGAGAGACUUUAGACUGCCCUCUGUGGUGCUUAGGAAUUUUUACUCUUGCACCAUAGAGAGCAUCCUGACGGGAAACAUCACAACCUGGUUCGGGAACAGCACCAUGCGGGACAGACGAGCUCUCCAAAGGGUGGUGCGUUCAGCUGAGCGCAUCAUUCAUACCGAGCUCCCUGACCUACACUCAAUCUACAGCAGGCGGUGCUGGACCAGGGCCAGGAAGAUAACGAAGGACCUCAGCCACCCCGACAACGGACUGUUCUCUCUGUUGAGGUCAGGAAAGCGAUUCCGCUCUCUGAAGGCCAACACAGAGAGACUGAGGAGGAGCUUCUUCCCGCAGGCGAUACGGUCUCUUAAUCAGUAAUCAUGGACAUCAUACACAACAGGCACUUUCACAUAUGUCACUUUAGAGCAUAUUUGCACUCAUACAGACAUUCUGUUUUUAUGUUUUUAUAUUUCUAUAUUUUAUAUCUAUUUUCAUAUUGAUAUUCUUUCUUUGUUUGAGGUCGCUGGCGGUCGCCUAAGCAUUUCACUGCACAUUGUACGCUGUAUGAUUGUGUGUGUGACAAAUAAAAUUUGAAUUUGAAUUUGAAAAUUAAAAUUUCACUCAAAGAAAACACCUAUUAAGAAAAACACUAUCAUAAAACUGUACAAAACAUUGUGGUCUUUUAUGUUUAUUAAUAUUAGAUGUAUACAAUCUUUUAUUGUAUAAAAUUGUACAAUCUUCUUCUAAUGGGCUUGGACUCAUAAAAUUUGACAUCACUGUUUGACGAAAUAAGAUAUUUUUUCUAUUCUGCUCAGGAACUGGAUCUAAUAUAGAUUUAUUUGUAGUGGUGCAGUGAUAGGGCGGUCGACCCAUGAUCGUAAGAUUGCAGGUUCGAUUCUCGCCUUGCACGCCCAUAUGUCAUAGUGUCCUUGGGCAAGACACUGAC